CAAACCAUCCCAUAGCAGCGGGUGGAUGGCCACAUGCUCUGGCUGCACAGGUUCCCAGGAGGACACAUAAACAUACAAUCAAUCUGAAUGAGCUUCCGGGCUGAGUCCAGCUUCCAGGCAAGCAGCUUGCCCACGGCGCCAGGUUCAGGAGAAGAAAGGCCGUGAUGAUUCGUGUCUGGCUCAGAACCUGCUGUGGGAGAGACCUGCAGAGAGUGGCACUGGAAGCCAUUCAUUGCCUUGGGAAUGUUUCCCAGGUGCCCAAGGCUUUGUGAUGCCUCCUGCCACAGCUCAGCUGCAGCUCCCGUGCUGAGCUGCAACCCUCUGCGUGGCCACGGUAAACCUGGCCUUUAUUUUGGUGUGGGUUGGUGAGCAGCACUGCCUGUCUCAAGGGUGGUCAUCGGGCUUCUCUCUGCUGCUGCUGAGAAACAGGGAGCCCAUCUUCAGCCCAUCCCCAUCCUCAUACCCAGCCCCAUUCUCAUUCCCAUCACCCAAUCCUGAUCCCCAAAGGUUGUAUCCAUGCAUGUGAGACAGGACAGACGGCUUCUACUGCCCAUGAAGGUCAGGAGAGUGUGUGUCCCUGGGAAGCAAACCCAGCUCCAGCUCCAGCUCCAGCUGUGAUCCAAGCACGCAUUAUGGAAAUCAGGCAUGCUGUCUCCUGAUCCCAUCAAAGCAAUAAGGAUCAAAUGCUGCCAGGCAGAGAGCUGGAGCCAAGGGCUCUGCAGUGCAUGCUGCAGUAUGGGGCUGUAGGGUAGGUCUGUGUCCCACAUCCCAUCUGCAGCCAACCUCGGCACCCACAUCACCAAGAGACCCCUUAGAAGACAAUGUGGAUGGGGAGCAGAUGGCUCCCAGCCCCACCUCAAAACCCCCACUGAAAAGGAGCAUUUCUCAGCUUUGGCAUCCAGCCCCGGUCCUGCUGCUUCUUCUGCUUGGUGUCAGGAAAAAAUCCAAACCGAGCCUGAAUCACUCCCAGCCUGGCCAGGAUGCUGUGCACAAGUGCUCAUUUCCACCACUUCGCUGGGAGCCUUCUUAUUUUAGCACACGCUGCUGCAGACCGAGAUCUCUCCCGUUAACUGUCACAAACGACCUUACGAGAUUAGGGCCGGUAAUCUUCCGAUCUAUUUAAUCUUCCUCCGGGGAUUAUUCGCACACCGACAGCUCCGCUCCUCGCAGCCGCAGAACCGCAGAACACCCCGAGAUGGAAGGGAUGACCGAACCCAACCCCCGGCUCCGCACGGGGAGCCUCGAAAUCAGAACCCGUGUCUGAGAGCUCCGGCAGCUCGGGGCUCCCCGGGACAGAACUUCACCCCGACACCCAGCCGAACCGCCCCGCCGCAGCCCCGCACCGCUCGGUCCAUCAGCGCAGAGCGGAACCUCCGCGCUCCUCCAGGCGCAGCCGGGCCACGCGGCCGCCCCGCAGCGCCCCUCGCGGAACCGCCCGGCCGUUUCCCGCAGUGGCCGCACGGAGGCGCUCUGCCGUCCUCCGCGGAACUCCCGAGCGCGGCCGCUGCAGCCGCCCGGCGGGGAGCGGAGAACGGACGGAGCGGCGCCGGCCGCCAUGGCGCGGGAGCCGGCCUUCGUGCUGCGCUACCUGGCCGAGGUGGAGGAGCUGGCCGAGGACGUGCUGGCGGCGCGGCAGCAGAUCGUCGAUCUGGACGUGAAACGGAACCGGAACCGCGAGGCGCUGCGGGCGCUGCGCAAAGACCCGGAGCCCGAGGAUCAGGAACAUCUGGAUGAGGAGAUAAACAACCUCCGGAAAGAGCUGCGUGUGAAGGUCAACCGUCUCUAUGAAGCUCAAGGUAAACCUGAGCUGAAGGGAUUUAACCUGAACCCCAUGACUCCAGAGGAAAUGAAACUGAUCAAUCGCAUCCUGGAAGGCUGAGGGAGCUGUGCCACCACCACAACUGUGUGCAAGCACUGCUCAGGGUGGUGUGGUUGGGUAUCACUCACAGUGACUGCAUCAGCCAUAGCCUCCAGGACUUCCAGCACUUCUGUGCUGCUGGAGCCUCUCAUAAAGAACCCGGGGAGCACAGGGAAAGAUGCAGCUCCUCAGCUACAAUUCUGUCUGUAAACUCUCCCUGCUCCUUGCUGAGGAUGGUGGCAGAGCAGUGCAGAGGCAACUACUGGAACAGUGGCUUAUUCACAGCCUCUGACAAACACUCACUUGCAAGGGGGAUUAUUAAAAUCAGCACUGUGGGACAUUCCUAA